UUCUUUCUACGUCCUUUGCAGUCUGCCGGCGACCUAGAGAAUGAUGAGCGCACUGCUGGGGUGAUCUCAGAGCUGGUGAACACAGCCUAUGCCUUCCGCCUGCCCCGCUGUGCAGAGGUGCCCUUCCGACGCAUCUCAGUGGUGUUUGGGGAACACUCCUUCCUUGUGACUGUCUCAGGACAGAAGCUGUUUGUGGUGAAGAGACAGAACAGUGUCCGGGAACCUCUGGUGGUCUGAGGCAGAGCCACCUGCUGCAGUGGCUGGAACAGGGAGAGAAGGAGCAGUCCGCUGUCUUUGGUGGGCAGGGCUCCUCCUGGAUGGGGCUGAUGGUUGAAUGGUUCGUGUUUUCCUUACUGUGGAAGACAUUUGCACUCAUAAGUUAAAGACAUAGACCUGUAUCAUGUGGAAUAAACAUUUUUUUUAAACUAUA